CUUGGCUCCCCAACCAGGGAUUGAACCCCGCAGCCUCUGCAUUGGAAGGGGGAGUCUUAACUGCUGGACCGCCAGGGAAGUCCCUCAAUCCUCAGUCUUGACGAAAGAAAUUUAAGUACUUAUAUUCAUUGUAUGGUUUUCCAUUUCAAUUCUUGUGUUUGAACAAAAUUCAAAUGUUAAAGUUGCCCUAUAAAUCUUUUACAGAAGGUAUUCUGGAUCUACCUGGAUACAUUUCCGCAAUGUGCAGGGAGUAUGGUUUCUCUUCCGGCAAAAGGAAUCUUACUUGAUAGUUGGUGUGGAAGUUUAGAAGUAGCUCUCAGAACUAAUAUUCCUAGCGGUUUUCACGUGGUUUUGGUUUAUCACUUUAACAGAAAUUUCUAUCAGCUUGUAUUAAAUAUCCCCAUAGGUUUCCUGCUCAAUGAAGAGGCUUCUGAAAGCACUCAUGAUUUACCUAAUCAUUGCCAUCAUUAAAAGCUCUUAAGGCCUCUUCAACUUUUGUCUCUUCUAUUGCCCCAGUGCUGCUUUUCUCUUCAAGCUAAAACACUUCUAAAAAACUGGAAGGUGUGCUAUUGAGAACGGAAGACAGAAAUGGCGAGGCGAUCUGGCACACUGUUUGGAUAAUUGCUUGAGGAAAGGUUAAUUACUUACACAGGGGUCGAUAGAGGAAGAGGGUCUCUGUGAGAUGUGUAUGUGGAAUGCGUGGACGGAAGGCCCCAGCAUCUGAGUUUGAGUUCUGGGGAGUCCUGGCCAGGCGACCUCCACCUGCUGGAGGAGGGACGGGGCGGGGCUAAGACGAGGAGGGAGGUGACGCACCAGAGACCCAGAUCUCCCGGCUUCGCGCCCGACCCCCACCGAGGCCCAGACCGCAGCAGGCUCCUCCGGCUGCCGCUCGGUGAGUGCUGCGCUGAGGCCGGCUCGACCUCCUGACGCCCACCCAGACCAACGGGCUCUUCACGAUCGGGAGUGGGGGAGGGCGUCAGGCUGAAAUCCUUGAGCUGGAGGCUGGGGGCAGACAAAGGAUGGGUGGGGGAACCGGAGGUUCGGCUCUAAAUAAGAGGGAAAGAGUACCGAGGAAGGAGAUCAAGUCAGAACGCUGUUGGCUGGGGGUGUAAAUGAAACAAAGACAUCCUGCAUUCAGAGCGGAGGAGGGAAAGAUGGAGAUGGCCGGAGAGGCUGGUGUCUGCCUCUGGCCUUUUUCGUCAGAUUUUGCGGGCUUUGCUGUCUCAGCUCUUUGUAGUACAGGGUUUUACAUCUGAGUGGCUUUUUAAAAAUUCUUUCCUUUACAGAAGUAGAUAUUGGGGAUAAUGAAUAUUUCAGUUUCAGGGAAGAAAUGCAUGCCGCCACCACCUUCUCCCCCCCCCCCCCCCCGCGCCCAUAGAAGGAUGGUCAAAAGAGGUUUUGCAUGGCCACUGCCUGCAGUCUCCACCCUAACGUUCAGCAGCUGCAGAGGGAAUUUGCGUGAAUAUUUGUUCUCUUGUUCUGCAGGCUUCUGGUUGCGUGGAAGCCAACAUUCAGGACAGGUUGACUCCCCAGACUAGGUUUCUCCAGUCUCCUUCACCUGUUCUGUUUUCUCUCUCAUCACCCUUCGAUUCCCCAAAUUCGAACCUCUGGAACAGUAAGGCAAUAUUGCCAACAUAAUAAUAGCAAUCUGGGGGGCUGUGUGUCUGGCAUUGUUUUCAGUCCUCUUACAUGUGCCCUCACACUUAACCUCAGAGUAACCCUAUAAGACGGAUGCUUUUCUCAUCCCUUUUUGCAGAGAAGGAAGUUGAGGCAUUUGCCCAAGUUCGCCCUGCUAGCAUGUGGUGCAGCAAGAAUCCUUCCCAGAUUAGAGGGCAGGCCUGAGCUGUGUGUAUUGAUGUUCCCUUGUACCACUCCUAAGCUUUCUAUGCUUCUUUACCAUUUGUGUCUUCCAACUCCUUCCCCUGAGCCUUUUCUUCACCAGGACUAGAAAAGUCAAGAUGUCACCCUCCCUCUCCCUUCCUCAAAAUUGAGGCAAAUUUUUUUGUUGUUUGUUUUUGUUGGUUUAAGGGAGGGAGAGAGUGGUGGGGUAGGCAUAAUGCAGAGCUUCCAGGGAGCUGUAAGGACAAUAAAAAAUGAGUGAGAAGUGCCAUUAUAGUCUAGUCUUCCCAAGAAUGUGAGGACAGAGGGAACUGGCUAUCUCAGACAGACUGUUCUGUUUCUUUAAUACCUUCUCACAGCUGAUGUCCUGGCUAGGGUGGACACAUAAGGCCUAAGCAAAUCCUUAAGAAUUUUUCAUUGCAGUCCCUUCCUGGGAGGUCCUUGAAUCACUCCCUGGAGUGAUUACAUGAUUACAUCAUCACAAUUGCCAGUUGUGGCCAAUCGAUAUAUGUUUGGUCUUUUUUCUGCAGGUUAAAAAUGGUUGCCAGGAUGGUUUCUACCAUGCUGUCUGGCCUAGUGUUUUGGCUGACAUUUGGAUGGACUGCAACAGCUGCUUAUAGCCCGAGAACCCCUGACCGGGUCUCAGAAACAGAUAUCCAGAGGCUGCUCCAUGGUGUGAUGGAGCAGCUGGGCAUUGCCAGGCCACGGGUAGAGUAUCCAGCUCACCAGGCCAUGAACCUUGUGGGCCCACAGAGCAUUGAAGGUGGAGCUCAUGAAGGUCUUCAGCACUUGGGUCCCUUUGGCAACAUCCCAAACAUUGUGGCAGAGUUGACCGGUGACAACAUUCCCAAGGACUUCAGUGAAGACCAGGGCUACCCAGACCCUCCAAAUCCCUGUCCAGUUGGAAAAACAGUAGAUGAUGGAUGUCUAGAAAACACCCCUGACACAGCAGAGUUCAGUCGAGAAUUCCAGUUACACCAGCACCUUUUUGAUCCAGAACAUGACUAUCCAGGCUUGGGCAAGUGGAACAAGAAGCUCCUUUAUGAGAAGAUGAAAGGAGGACAGAGACGCAAGCGGAGGAGUGUCAAUCCAUAUCUGCAAGGACAGAGACUGGACAAUGUUGUGGCAAAGAAGUCAGUCCCUCAUUUUUCAGGUGAGGAUAAGGACCCAGAGUAAAGCGAAGAUGUUGAGUGGAAACCCACACGACCUGACCCGUCAGACCUCCUUGUUGCUUAUGUGCACUCGUUGUCAGAGCCCCUGUGAAUGGCAGCAUGUUUCUAAUUUAGACAAGUAUGGAUGAAAAGCAGCUGUAUUUUGAUAUCCUAUUGUCCUUCACACUGAUAGCUCUGCUUUCUGCUAAAUUAGGAUAAGAGCUUUUUUCCUUUAGAUGUGGAGCUGCAGUGAGCAUUAAAAUUAAAACGUAUGUGUCAAUAACAAUAAAAAGCAAAUGAAUGAAAUGUCCUCCGAUUUCUUACAGUUUAAAAUGGUGUUUCGGGUGGCACUGUUUUGGCCAAGUCUGUAAAAGGCUGGCAUUUGAUUUUGAUUAUGUAGUUAAUCCAGCCCUUGGGCAUUAUUACACACCAAUAAAGAAGAUUGUACCCAGGAGGAGCUGACACAUUUCACUUGGCCGCAUCUUAAUAAAUGUGUAUGCAAGC